CCUGAGCUCGGUCCCUGCCCCGCAGGAGGAGAGGGGAGACCAUGGCCGGCGUUUUCCUGCCGGGCAACCUGCAGGACGAGGCGACCUGCUCCGUGUGCCUCGAGUUCUUCCGCGACCCGGUUUCCAUCGAGUGCGGCCACAACUUCUGCCGCUCCUGCAUCGCCAAGAGCUGGCGGGACCUGGAGGGGGAUUUCCCGUGCCCGCAGUGCCGGGAGGUUUUCCAGCUCCGCAGCUUCCGACCCAACCGGCAGCUCGCCAACAUGGCCGAGAUCAUCGCCCAGUUCGCCCAGAGGGGUGGCGGCGGUGCCGGUGGCCACCAGGGCGGCGGCGAGGUGGCCACGGGGCAGUGCCCGCGGCACCGGGAAGCCCUCAAGCUCUUCUGCCGCGACGACGGGCGCCCCAUCUGCGUGGUGUGCGACCGCUCCCGCGAGCACCGGCCCCACGCCGUGGUGCCCGUGGACGAGGCGGCCGAGGAGUACAAGGAGAAGAUCCAGGGCCGCUUGGAUCUCCUGCGGAAGGAGCGCCAGGAGCUGCUGGAGUUCAAAGUGAACGACGACAAGAGGACCCAGGAGCUGCUGACCAUCGAGGGCGAGCGGCAGAAGCUGCUGUCGGAGUUCGAGCGGCUGCGGCAGUUCCUGCGCGAGCAGGAGCAGCUCCUGCUGGGGCAGCUGGAGAAGAUGGAGAAGAACAUCUCCCGGAGGCAGAACGGGAACAUCUCCGACCUCUCCCGGGAGAUCACCCUCCUCAACAAGCUCAUCUCCGAGCUGGAGGAGAAGGUCCAGCAGCCCACGCUCGAGUUCCUCAAGGACGUGAUGGGCGUCAUCAGCAGGAGCGACGAGGUGAAGUGCCAGAAGCCCGUCCCGGUGAGCACCGACACCAAGAUCCACGUCUGCAACUUCUCCCUCAAGACCGUGGUCCUGGAGAAGGUCCUGAAGAAAUUCCGAGAAAACCUGCAGGACGAGCUGGGAAGAGGCGAGAAAGAGGACCUGACCCUGGACCCCGACUCCGCCAACCACCUGCUGAUCCUCUCGGCCGACCUCAAGAGCGUCCGCAUGGGCUGCCGGAAGCAGGAGCUGCCCGACAACCCCAAGCGCUUCGACACCAACUCGCGCGUCCUCGCCUCGCGCGGCUUCCGCUCGGGGCGGCACUACUGGGAGGUGGAGGUGGGGCCCUCGGACGGCUGGGCCUUCGGGGUGGCCCUGGAGUCGGUCAGGAGGAAGGGCCUGACCCAGUUCUCCCCCGAGGAAGGGAUCUGGGCCGUGCAGCAGAACGGGGGACGCUACUGGGCCGUGACGUCUCCGCAGCGGACGCCGCUGAGCCCGGGCAGGAAGCUGGGCAGGGUCCGGGUCUACCUGGACUACGAGGGCGAGGAGGUGUCGUUCUACGACGCCGAGAGCAUGGAGCACAUCUUCACCUUCAACGUGGCCUUCAGGGAGAAGGUGUUCCCGCUCUUCUCCGUCUGCUCCACCGUCACCUACAUCAAGCUGUGCCCCUGAGGGGGCUCGACCGGGGC